ACAGUUGUCCAUCUGGUAAUAUAUUAAGGACCACAUAUGUUGGAUGACCUCACUUAAGACAUAUACAGGGAAAUGAUUUUACUUCUUGCAGUAACGUCCGUGCUGGUGGCAUUAUGCCACGCCCAGACUUGUGAGGAUGUGGAUUCCGCUAUCUGCCAGGAUAUGUACGCCAUUAAUCCCGACAUUUGUUCCAGUACAUGCUACUCCGUGGCUCUCUGUCCCCGUUUCUGUGGAAAAUGUCCAUUGAAGUGCUACUCCUGUCACGAGGUAGACAGCCCAGAUCUCUGUAAAACAACCACGCAAUGUCCUUCCGCGGAUCACUUCUGCAUCGUGACACAGGGUUUUAAUGAUGAUUUCAAGGACGUGUACAAACUCGGAUGUGCCUUAAAUUCAGUAUGCACAGCACACUUUGGUCCAGGAUUAGGUCGCAGAGAUGGUAGUCCGUCAGAGCGCAGCGGACCUCAAGGAUCAUGUUGCAGUACAGAUUUAUGCAACGUGAAGCCACGGAUAGCAACAACAGCAGGUCCUCCUUCAACACAACAGCCCACAAUAAUGCCGACAACUGCAAUCCAUACAUCCGGUCCUCCUUCAACACAACAGCCCACAAUAAUGCCAACAACUGCAAUCCAUACAUCCGGUCCUCCUUCAACACAACAGCCCACAAUGAUGCCGACAACUAUGUCGCCUGUUUCAGUUUUCCCUGAUAUACCACGUGAUCUUCCCGAAAUUCUAUCGACAGUCAGGCAAAACCUAACAAUGACGUCAGUUCCUUCUGUGACAUCCGGCCUUUGUGAUGAUAUCGAUGGUGAUAUCUGUACCCGCCUUGAAACUCAUUUCCCCAGCAUGUGUAGCAUUGACUGUAUUGCUAACGAGGUGUGUCCAAGAAAAUGUGGCAAAUGCAUGGGAUGUUACCAAUGCAAUCACGUGACCAAUCCAGAAACGUGUACACAAAAAACAAUCUGUGGUAGAGGAGAGAAAUGUUUUUCGGUGGAGACGAUAUCAGCAAGUUUUGAACAGGGAUUUAGACUUGGAUGCAUGGACGAGAGGCUUUGCUCAACGUUUGGCCAUGCCGCUCCAGGAAUUUUCGGAAAACGUCAGGGAUUUGAGUUGUCCCUUCACGGAGGAUGUUGUACAGGAGAGUUCUGUAACCACCACGCCCUACUGCCGACAUCCACUGUACCACCGACAGCCAGCACUAGCACUGCACAAACUACAACUACAACACAGACUGCAGGUUGCCCUACGCACCAUUCGACUUGUCCACCUGGCUGGCUCCACCAUCAGAGUUCAUGCUAUGCUAUCGGGACACCAGCGAUGAACUGGGACAGCGCUAAGGCUCAAUGCGAGAAAAAUUGUGGCCAGCUUGCUGACUUUGACUCCUCCUCGGACCUCCAUAACGUCGCUCUGGACCUGGGGAAAUACUACUCUGGACUUUCAAAUUCCGAUGGUGUCCAUGUUUGGGUGGCUGGUAAACUAGUGCAUAAUGCAUGGCAAUGGACCACUACCGGACAUGUGGCCUCGUCCACCUUACAACACAACAAUUACAGUCGUUUUACGUACUGUGGUUUUAUAACCGUAGUCCCCCACUCAAGCCACAGUUCAGCGACAGCUAGCUCCUAUCUUCACCCCCAAGCUUGCUCUGUUUCCUAUCUGCCGUUGUGUGAAAUCAAACAUGUAAAUAAAUGAUGAAUAAAGCAUAUUCAAAGAAUUUAAUACCUUUACGCGUCA